GCGGGAGGAGCCGGGGGUAGCUUAGUCGCUGUGGGCUGUGGGCGCCGGGUCCGGGGGGUCGCGCUUCCUUCUCCGCGCCAUGGCGAAGGCCGGCGACGUGGUGCGGCUGCUCCUAGGCUCCACCGCACUCUGGCUCUCGCUGCUCGGCGCGCGGACCGCCUCCGCGUCCAAGGCGGUGACUGCCAACUUGGCCGCGAAGUGGCCGGAGACCCCGCUGCUGCUGGAGGCCAGUGAAUUUAUGGCAGAAGAAAGUAAUGAAAAAUUUUGGCAGUUUUUGGAAACUGUACAAGAAUUAGCAAUUUAUAAACAAACAGAAUCAGAUUAUUCUUACUACAACUUAAUCCUGAGGAAAGCUGGACAGUUUUUAGACAAUUUACAUAUCAAUCUCUUAAAGUUUGCUUUCUCUAUAAGGGCAUACUCUCCAACUAUUCAGAUGUUUCAACAGAUUGCAGCUGACGAGCCUCCACCAGAUGGCUGUGAUGCAUUUGUGGUUAUCCACGAGAAACACACGUGUAAAGUUAAUGAGAUUAAAAAGCUGUUGAAGAAGGCUACUUCAAGGCCCAGACCUUAUCUGUAUAAAGGAGACCACAAAUUUCCUGCAAACAAAGAGAACUUACCAGUGAUUAUCCUCUAUGCAGAAAUGGGUACCAGAGCAUUUCGUAAAUUUCACACGGUGUUGUCUGAAAAAGCUCAAAACGGGGAAAUUCUUUAUGUUCUUCGGCAUUAUGUUCAGAAACCAGCCUCACAGAAAAUGUACUUGUCUGGCUAUGGUGUGGAGCUAGCGAUUAAGAGUACAGAAUACAAAGCGUUGGAUGAUACCCAAGUCAAAACUGUGACUAAUACUACUGUAGAAGAUAUUACUGAAACAAAUGAAGUUCAAGGAUUUCUCUUUGGGAAAUUAAAAGAAAGAUAUUCAGAUCUUAGAGAUAAUCUGACAACAUUCCAAAAAUACCUGAUUGAGAGUAAUAACGAAAUGAUGCCUUUGAAAGUCUGGGAACUACAAGAUCUUAGUUUUCAAGCAGCUUCUCAAAUAAUGUCCACUCCAGUUUAUGAUGCCAUAAAAUUAAUGAAGGACAUUUCGCAGAACUUCCCCAUAAAAGCCAGAUCUCUGACCAGAAUUGCUGUAAAUCAACGUAUGAGGGAGGAAAUACAGGAAAAUCAAAAGCAUCUUCAAGAUAGAUUUGAAAUUCAGCCAGGCGAUGCUGGUCUCUAUAUAAAUGGACUUCAUGUUGAUAUGGAUUCUUAUGACCCUUUUAAUCUUUUGGAUAUGCUGAAACUAGAAGGAAAAGUGAUGAAUGGCCUUCGCAAUCUUGGGAUCAAAGAAGAACAUAUGAGCAAAUUUUUAAAGUUAAGCUCGCCUGAUUGGGACGAUACCUAUGCAUUAGAUAUUAGACAUCCUUCCAUAAUGUGGAUUAAUGACUUAGAAACUGAUGAUUUGUAUGUUAUGUGGCCUUCAAGUUGCCAGGAACUCUUGAAGCCAGUGUCCCCUGGAAGUAUACCUUUCAUAAGGCGUAAUUUUCAUAAUUUGGUUCUGUUUAUUGAUCCGGCUCAAGAAUAUACCGUGGACUUUAUAAAACUUGCUGAACUUUUCUUUUAUCAUAAAAUUCCUCUUAGAAUUGGUUUUGUGUUCAUUGUUAAUACAGAUGAUGAAGUUGAUGGAAAAAAUGAUGCUGGAGUUGCUCUUUGGCGAGCUUUCAACUAUAUUGCAGAAGAGCAUGGUGUAUCACAAGCAUUUAUUUCCAUAGUACACAUGUACCAAAAAGUAGAGAAUAACAAUAUACUCACUGUGGACAAUGUGAAGGGUGUUCUCCAAAAUGAAUUUCCUCAUGCUAACAUUUGGGAUAUUUUGGGAAUUUAUUCUAAAUAUGAUGGUGAAAGAAAGGCAGGAGCAAGCUAUUACAGGAUGACUGGCCUGGGUCCUUUGCCUCAAGCUCUUUAUAAUGGUGAAUCCUUUCACCAUGAAGAGCUGAAUAUUCGGGAACUAGAAACGGCUGUUCUUCACAGAAUGAUGGAUGAAACUGCAUAUUUACAAAAGGAAGUUUUUAUGGGUACAUUAAAUGAUCGAACAAAUGCAAUUGACUUCCUUAUGGAUAGAAAUAAUGUUGUGCCCCGUAUAAAUCCUUUGAUUUUGUACAAUAAAUGGCAGUACCUUAAUUUAAUAUCUACAUCAGUAACUGCUGAUGUUGAAGAUUUCUCUACUUUCUUCUUCUUGGAUUCACAAGAUAAGAGUGCUGUAAUUGCAGAGAACAUGUAUUAUGUAACCCAGGAAGAUGAUGUAAUUUCUUCAGUUACUUUCUGGAUUAUUGCUGAUUUUGAAAAACCAUCUGGGAGAAAACUGCUUUUUAAUGCAUUAAAUCACCUGGAAGUAAGUGUUCAUGGUCGGUUGGGAGUUAUUUAUAAUCCUACAUCAAAAAUAGAUGAAGAUAACACAGCUAUUUCCAGAGGAAUUCUGGCAGCUUUUCUUACACUGAAAAACAGCUUUUUGAGAAACUUUCUCAGGAAACUGGCAGAGGAAGAAACUGCUACAGCUAUUUACUCUGGAGAUAAAAUUAAAACAUUCCUUACUGAGGGAAUGGAUAAAAAUGCCUUUGAGAAAAAAUAUAAUACCAUUGGAGUGAAUAUUUUUCGAACUCACCAGUUGUUCUGUCAAGAUGUACUUAAAUUGCGUCCUGGAGAAAUAGGUGUUGUCAGCAAUGGGAAAUUCUUAGGACCUUUAGAUGAAGAUUUCUGUGCAGAAGAUUUUUACUUGUUGGAAAAGAUAACAUUGACUAAUUUAGUAGAGAAAAUUGAAGACAUUGUUGAAAAUACAGAAGUCAACUCAAAGAACCUGAGUGACCUUGUUAUGAAAAUCGAUGCCCUUCUUUCCUCUUUACCUAAACAUGCAUCUCGGCAUGAUGUCACAUUUCUUGAGGAGAAUCACAGGUCAGAAGACCCAUAUUUGAAGGGAAUUUUAAUUAGCUUUUAUUUGAUUGCUGAGAAGUUAUUUCACUGCAGAAGUCUAGAUAUUUAUAGUCUUCUUGUACCAAAGAAGACCAAGAUCCCUGUAGUCUUACAGGGGUACAGUUUGAUUUGCAUUAUAAAGAUGAAUUCUCAGCAGAAUGAUAUGUCCUUUGAUGUCAUUGCUAUUGUUGAUCCAUUGACGAGAGAGGCACAGAAGAUGGCACAGUUAUUGAUUGUACUUGGCAAGAUUAUCAACAUGAAGAUAAAACUGUUCAUGAACUGUAGGGGUAAGCUUUCAGAAGCCCCUUUAAAGAGCUUCUACCGUUUUGUUCUGGAACCGGAACUGACAUUACCACCUAAUGAUGUUACUGGACCAGUGGCAAAAUUCUUGGAUAUCCCUGAAUCACCCCUUCUAACCCUCAACAUGAUUACUCCUGAAAGCUGGUUGGUUGAAACAGUACACAGCAACUGUGACCUUGAUAAUAUUCAUUUAAAGGAUAUUGAGAAAACUGUCACAGCAGAAUAUGAACUAGAAUAUCUACUGCUCGAAGGACAUUGCUUUGACAUAAUCACAGAAGAACCUCCUUGGGGUCUGCAGUUUACACUGGGCACAAAAAAUAAACCUGUUGUCGUUGAUACAAUAGUGAUGGCCAAUCUUGGAUAUUUUCAAUUAAAAGCAAACCCAGGUGCUUGGAUACUGAAAUUACGCCAAGGAAAAUCUGAAGACAUCUAUCAAAUAGUUGGGCAUGAAGAAACUGACUCUCAACCAGACCUAGGAGAUGUCAUUGUUGUGCUAAACAGCUUCAAAAGCAAAAUACUGGAAGUACAAGUACAAAAAAAGCCAGACAGAAUUCAGGAAGAUAUCCUUUCUGAUAAAGAUGAAAAAAAAGGAGUGUGGGAUUCCAUUAAAAGUUUCACAAGGAGCCUGCAUAAAAAAGAAGACAAUAAGGAAACAGACGUUCUAAACAUUUUUUCAGUUGCUUCUGGCCAUUUAUAUGAACGCUUUUUAAGAAUUAUGAUGCUUUCUGUUUUACGGAACACCAAAACACCAGUGAAGUUCUGGUUUCUUAAAAAUUAUCUCUCACCAACAUUUAAAGAGGUGAUCCCUCACAUGGCUGAGGAGUAUGGAUUCCAAUAUGAACUAGUCCAGUACAGGUGGCCCCAGUGGCUUCAUCAACAGACGGAAAAACAAAGGAUUAUUUGGGGUUAUAAGAUUCUUUUCCUUGAUGUCCUUUUUCCUCUUGCGGUGGACAAAAUCAUUUUUGUUGAUGCUGACCAGGUUGUGAGACAUGACCUAAAAGAACUCCGAGACUUUGAUCUGGAUGGAGCUCCUUAUGGGUAUACUCCCUUCUGUGAUAGCCGCACGGAAAUGGAUGGAUAUCGUUUCUGGAAGACGGGAUACUGGGCAUCACAUCUUUUAAGAAGGAAAUACCAUAUCAGUGCCUUAUACGUGGUGGAUCUCAAGAAGUUCAGGAGAAUCGCAGCAGGUGACAGGCUCCGGGGCCAGUACCAAACUCUCAGUCAAGAUCCAAACAGUCUUUCAAACCUAGAUCAGGAUCUUCCCAACAAUAUGAUUUACCAAGUUGCCAUUAAGUCUCUUCCCCAAGACUGGUUGUGGUGUGAAACCUGGUGUGAUGAUGAAUCCAAACAGAGAGCCAAAACAAUUGACCUGUGCAAUAACCCCAAAACAAAAGAACCUAAACUAAAAGCUGCUGCCAGGAUUGUCCCAGAAUGGGUGGAGUAUGAUACUGAGAUACGACAACUAUUAGAUCACCUUGAAAACAAGAAGAAAAAUGCAAUUUUGACACAUGAUGAACUCUAGCACGGGCCUGUGUAAGAAGAUGAGAAAGUAUGACGAGAAAUCUGCCACCUGCUGGGGAAAUGUGGAACUACUGCUAAGACUUCUGAAAGUUGCAUUAAGGAUCAGUGACAUAUUCUUCAAUUUAAAUUAAUUAUUUAAAAAUACAUGUGUUUAAUGUAUUGAAUAAGUUAUAUAAGCAAUGGCCAUUGAGUAUUUAAAACUAGAUUGUUCCUCUUUCCUGAUUGCUUAAAACUGUUUUCACCAGUUAAAGUGAUAAUUUUGCCGGAUAACCACGUAGAAGAACGUAUCUGACUAGCUGGUCCUCAUGGGGAAUUAGCAAACCAUCUACGUGUUUGGAUAUUCCAGCUCUAUGUGCAUCCAUAUUUCUUCAUUCAAAAGAUGCUUUUAAAUUAGAGAAAUCUAUUUUGUGUUUUUUCUUCUGAGAAAGAAGGACUCAUGGUUAUCUCCGAAUAAUUUUUUUUUUAAAGUAAGCCCAUUUACACCUUAACUGUUGUUUUAAAAUGGAAGUAGUGUCACACUGUAAUUAUUUUGUUUAUCCUAAACUAUAUGAUGUUUUAAUCCUA